CGGAGGUCUGCACCCGGUGCGCUGGCGGCGCCCGCCGUUUACGACGGGCCGGAAAGUAGUGGCCGCAGCUAUCGCCGGGUGGGGUCGGGCCGAGCCAAGCCAAGCCACUAUGGGGAAAAUUGCGCUGCAGCUCAAAGCCACGCUGGAGAAUGUCACCAACCUCCGCCCUUUGGGUGAGGACUUCCGGUGGUACCUCAAGAUGAAAUGUGGCAACUGUGGUGAGAUUUCAGAGAAGUGGCAGUAUAUUCGGCUGAUGGACAGUGUGGCACUGAAGGGAGGUCGUGGCAGCGCCUCCAUGGUCCAGAAGUGCAAGCUGUGUGCGAGGGAAAACUCCAUCGAGAUUUUGAGCAGCACCAUCAAAUCUUACAAUGCUGAAGACAAUGAGAAGUUCAAGACAAUCGUAGAAUUUGAAUGCCGAGGCUUUGAACCAGUUGAUUUCCAGCCCCAGGCUGGGUUUGCUGCUGAGGGUGUGGAAUCGGGGACAGUCUUCAGUGAUAUUAAUCUGCAGGAGAAGGACUGGACUGACUAUGACGAAAAGGCUCAGGAAUCUGUGGGAAUCUACGAGGUCACCCACCAGUUUGUGAAGUGCUGAACCUUCUUCAUGCGCACUUGCCUCUAGGAACUGAGAAGGGACAACGUGCCCCGAGCAGCAGAGCCCACUGAGGCACUUCCCCUCAUCCUUUGUCUCCUGGAAGCUAUCCAAGCCCUCAUCACCUGCAUGCUGGGCUCUGUCACAGCUUCCCAAACCCCACCAAUAAAGCCCCUGUUUGUUUGUGCUGCACUGGUA